AGUGAAAGACGAAUAGAGCAGCAACAACCGUUCACGUGUUGUGCCGAAAGUGUUCACAAGCAGAAAGUUGAGUUGGAGAAAAAUGAGGAUGGCUCGUAUAAGACGUCAAAUUUCUAUCAGAACGAAAUGGCCAGACCGUUGAAGCACAAAGCCGAUGGCGAGUCAGAAGAUCAAGUGAGUAAAGUUCUGCUCUACAUCGAAUCAGUUGUUUAUUUCAUUUAUGCCGUUGCUGUGCAGCUGCCAAAUCGUCCGGAUGGUCGCCAGCAGCAAAGGUAUUCGUAUGGGAUGUUACGCGAUACAGCUGAAUUGCUCAAGUGA